AUGCCCGGCUGCAAUGGUAUAUUUGUGAAGCAGAGAUCCGUCGACGGCUGCUCGCCGUCACCACUUCAUCAUCGUCGUCCGCGUCUUACUCACCCAUCCUUGGGACCAUGGGGCUCCACAAUAACGGCGAAGAGAACCACCGAUGGACGACGGCUUCAAACAUCCUGUCCGCCGGAAAUCGGAAAUAGAAAACGGCGACGCCGUGAUGGUGGUGGACUUAUCUGCUCAAACGAAAGUUUCAGUCGCCUCAGGUUCAUGAUGAUUCCGACGGAAACGGUCGAUCAACGGCGGAUUUGUUAG